AUGCACACCCCAGUUCCAUAUCUCUCUUACCUCACUCUCACCCUCACCCUUUCACUCUUCCACUCAACAACCCUCGCACACCUCUCGAUCCAUCCAUCUCAAAACCCCCUCACCACCCCCAUCGAAAACCCCAUCCCAUCCCAAGAAAAAUGCCUAUCCUAUUCCGCCACAUUCCUCAGUCCAUAUACCGAAGGCGCACUCGAACCCCAUGCCGUAGCCCAACUACCCGGUUUCUGUGAGGGUUUGGGUGAAAAGGUCGCUUUGCAUCCGAGUGUGGUGGAUGGAUGGGGAUGGGUCAUGGAUUUUAGCGCCGGGUGUGGGUGUGAUGGGAAGGGUGGGGAUGGGGACGAGAGGUUUUGGGUGUAUUUUCCUGUUGAGGUUGUUGAGGUUGUUGGUGGGGAAGAGGGGAAGGGAGAGGGAAAGGACAUGGGAAAAGAAAAGGAUAAUCCAUCCUCAUUGCAUGCGGUCGAGAAAGCUCAAAAGAAGAAAUGCCACGAUAAGAAAAGGGGAAAACAAAUAGAGAAAGAAAUGGAAAUGGAAUGGGAAGUGGAAAUUACAGAACCAUGGAUCCUACACGCAGAAGGAUGUGAAAAUAAUAGAGGAGAUCCGGAGAUAAAUGCGGGAUUGGGAACGUGUGAGGAGGGCGUUCAACGAAUGUGGAAGAUGGGGGUAGAGAGGGAGGAUUGGAGGGAGUUGAGGGGGGAUGGGGGUAUGGUUUGGGUGGUGCAGGGGUGGGAUUUAUGUAGGGAGUUGAAGGAGAGGCUGGGGAGUGUGGAGGGUUGA